AUGCCUGAGCAAAAUUGGGAACAACUUGUCGCAGACAAGCGACGCCGCCAGCAGGAGACUAUACCGAAGGACUGGAUUAUCUCGCCGCUGUCCGCCAAUGUCUUGGACGUCAGAAAGUUCCCAGACAGUUGUGGCUUGCUGACGGACCGCGAGGUCGAGAUUACCAACACGGUCGACGUUCAGCAACUGCUGGACAAACUCGCGACUGCACAAUGGUCUGCUGCCGAGGUUACGACUGCGUUCUACAAGAGAGCCGUUGUUGCGCAUCAGUUGGUCAAUUGCCUCACAGAGAUUUUCGUCGACCGUGCCCUCGCUCGCGCUGCAGAGCUAGACGAACAUUUGAAGAGCACCGGCAAGGUGGUUGGACCUCUACAUGGCCUCCCCAUUUCGCUUAAGGACCAGGUACGGGUCAAGGGCCAAGAGGCGGUCAUGGGUUAUGCCUCUUGGGUUGGAAAGUACUCUGACCAGGAUGCGGUCAUGACCGAGAUACUAUACGACUGCGGGGCGGUCCCGUUCGUUAUGACAAACGUUCCGCAGACCCUCAUGUGGUCUGAGACGUAUAAUCUCGUCUUCGGCCGGACGCUCAAUCCCGCCAACCGCACGCUCACUAGCGGCGGCUCCUCCGGCGGAGAAGGCGCACUCGUCGGCAUGAGGGGCAGCCCUCUAGGAAUAGGCUCCGACAUCGGCGGAUCCGUGCGCUACCCAAGCGCCUUCAACGGCCUAUACGGCCUGCGCCCCUCGUACGGCCGCCUGCCCUACAGCGGCGCGCUCAACAGCAUGGAGGGACAGGACUCCCAGCCCUCCUCGCUCGGGCCCAUCUCCGGAAGCAUGAGCGGCGUGAAGGCGCUCAUGCGCGCGGUCAUCGACAAACAACCCUGGCUCCGCGACCCACUGUGCGUGCGGAUGAAGUGGGACGAGGACGCGUACCAGCUCGCGGAGCAUGGCGGCGGGGAGAAGCUCUGCUUCGCGAUCAUGUGGGACGACGGGAACGUCGUGCCGCAGCCUCCGGUCAUGCGUGCCUUGGAGGCGACGAAGAAGGGGUUGAAGGCCGCUGGGCAUACAGUGAUCGACUGGCAACCCCUCAAGCACCAGGAGUUGUAUGAGAACCUCGCUUCAAUCUGGAUGGCAGGCGCGCUCGCCGACAUCGACGCCGUGACCGCCGCAACCGGCGAGCCCCGCCUCACCUCCAUGAGCCCCGCCGCCUCCGCGCUCAUCGACACUGGCGUGCACUACGGCCCCGGGCUCUCCGCGUACGAGCUCUGGCAGACCCAGCGCCGCCGCACCGUACUGCGCGAGGAGUAUCUUGCGCACUGGCGCGCGACCGCGGCACGCACGGGUACGGGCCGUCCCGUGGACGCCAUCAUUGCGCCCGUCGCGCCGUCCCCCGCCCCGCCGCACGGGAUGACGAAGAUCUCUACGUAUACGGUGGUGUGGAGUUCACUGAACUACACCUGCUGUGCGUUCCCGGUGACCAGCGUCGACCCUGUGCUCGACGCGAAGAGGCCGCCGCACAAGUUCCUCAGCGGAAACGACAAGGAGAACUAUGAACUAUACGACCCGGAGACGUUCAAGAACGCCCCUGUGGGCCUGCAGUUGGUCGGUGGCUCAUACGAAGAAGAGGCCGUCAUUGCGAUGACGGAGCUCGUCGACGCAGCGCUCAAGGCGUCGUCUUGA